UUGAACUUUCAAGAAACACAGCCAUGGGUAUUGCAUUAACAAAAUCGUUAGUUAAAGAAGAGCUUCAACGAUUCAAGGCUGCCAAGGAAGAAGGGAACAUUGAAGAUGUUAAAGCCAAAAUAAUGAAGGAUAUGGAAUUAUUAAAUAACACCACACUUCAUAUUGCCAUUACGGGAGAUUCGGGAUCUGGUAAAUCAUCACUUGUCAAUGCCCUGCGAGAAAUGACAGAUGAAGAAAAGGACUCAGCACCGACUGGAGAAAUCGAAAUGACAAAGGAUAAACAGUCAUAUAAGCAUCCCAAGUUUCCUCAAGUUACACUUUGGGACCUGCCUGGAAUUGGAACACCUAAUUUUAAAGCAGAUGAAUAUCUGAAGCAGGUAAAUUUUCGCCAGUAUGAUUUUUUCAUCAUUGCUUCAGGAGAACGAUUCACUGAAAAUGAUGUCAAGCUGGCUUGCGAAAUUAAGGAAAUGAAGAAGAAGUUCUAUUAUGUGCGCACAAAAAUGGAUGUAAGCAUUAGUAAUAACAAAAAGAGGAAAAACUUCAGUGAGGAAAAAACCCUCCAGGAAAUCAGGAAUUAUUGCAUCCAAAGAUUGAGGGGCACAGGAGAACAUUCACCAAGGGUUUUCCUAAUAUCAAGAUGGCAUUUGAACAACUAUGAGUUUCCACUCCUUGUAAAAGCAUUGGAGGAGGACCUGGAUGCUCUCAAGAGACAUGUUUUAAUCAUGGCUCUUCCAACUUUUUCAAAAGAAGUCAUCAAAAAGAAAGAGAAUGCUAUGUCAGAUCUUAUAUGGAAACUGUCCCUUCUGUCUUGUACUGUUGGGGCCAUUCCUAUCCCAGGCCUCUCUCUUGCUUGUGACAUUGGUAUCUUGGUGUCAACAAUGAGAAAAAUAUUCAAUUGCUUUGGGCUGGAUGCAGAAUCCCUUCGUAGGCUUGGAGAACGUGUUGGAAAACCUGUAGAUGAAUUGAAGUCUGCUAGGAAGAAAUUCCAAGGAGUUGAUACGCUCACCAAAGAAUUUGUAAUUGACUACUUGCAGAAGUCAGUGGCAUGGAUAACAGUAUCUACAGUGGAGUUGGUUCUAGAUUUUGUACCUGUCGUGGGCUCGGUGGUCGGUGGAGGAGCUUCUUUUGUAACCACGUACUACAUGCUGAAGAAUUUCCUGAGUGAUGCUGUGGAAGAUGCACAGAAUGUUCUGGCAAAAGUUUGUGAAAAAAAAGAAUGAAGAAACCAAGGUUAUGGAAACCCAUUUGGUGUCCUCUGGCAAGUCACACUAUUUCAACCUCAAAGGAAACUAUAGCAAACUUUUUCUGAACAAAUCUUCCCAAGAAAAUCUCAUAAUAUGAUUGCCUAAAGAUUUCCAUGAAGGCACACAACAAGAACCACCUAUAUUCCAUAUUGAUCUUAUUCACAUCCACUGGCUCUUUCCAUAAUUCACUCAGAGAAAAUGCUUUCCCCUUGCAAUUUAAGAAUAAUACUAAUAAAAUAUCAUCCUUUCUUCACAA